AUGACGAGACUACAAUCCAUCAGAGUAACAUCUCAACAACGAACUAUCUCCCAUAAUGACGAGACUACCAUCCAUUGGAUUGACGAAGGGUUUUGGCACAGAUUUUCUUCCUUGAAGCCCAAGAAAUUUAGCUUACCCAUCAUAGGUUUCUAUGCACCAUGCUCACACCCUCUAGUAUCAAAUUAUCUAACUCUUUUAGCAGAGUCUUUACCUUCUGAAUCAAGAGAAGCAUCGUUGAUCCAAGAACCAAGCCACGGAAACAGGAACAAGUGUCCUGUUUCAGGGAUACUUUACAAUACUAAUACUGUGGAGAGUUUCCAUGCACUUGAUAAACAGAAUUUGUUAAAGGAAGAGGCCAGAAAGAUAUGGGAGGAUAUUCAAACUGGAAGAGCUGUGGAGGACUGUUCAGUACUUUCAAGAUUUCUUCUUAUUUCAUUUGCUGACCUGAAAAAGUGUAGUUUUCAUUACUGGUUUGCUUUCCCUGCUCUGAUGAUUGAUCCUCCUGCAACUGUGGUCAAUUUAAGUCCAGCUUCUCAGUGGUUGAGCAAGGAACAGCCUGUGACAAGUGACGUGGCUCGAAAUCAACAGCAGAUGUCCCCUUGUCAGAGCAAUGCUCACAAGAUCCUAUUUGGGUUUUACGACCCGUGUCAUCUCCCAAAUAUUCCUGGAUGGCCUCUGCGCAAUUUCUUAGCACUUAUUGCUGCAAGGUGGAAUCUCAAGUCUGUUCAGUUUUUUUGCUACCGAGAGAAUCAUGGUUUUGCUGAUAUGAGCUUGUCCCUCAUUGGCGAAGCAUUAUUAACAGUUCCACAUGGGUGGAAAGAUGUUGUGCCUAAAGCAGUUGGAUGGGAACUUUAUCAGGGAAGAAAAGUACCUAGGUGUAUUAGUCUUGCACAGUCCAUGGAUCCAACUAGGAUGGCCGAAUAUGCUGCAGAUUUGAAUUUAAAGCAUAUGAAGCGGCGUGAUUUCUUUGGACUUGGGUGCUUUGUCAUCCCUCAAGUGUCUUCUCCUUGGAGCAGGCACACUUGGAUGCCAGGUUGCGCGCAUGCUUAUGGCAUGGGUCUCUUUAUACUUGUGGAUAACUGUCUUAAUGGCGGAGAGUUUAAAGCUACAGCAGCAGUUGAAAGUCUCAAACGGAUAUUUCCAGCAGUGGAAGCAGAAGGCAUUGUUAUGGCUAUACCAAUGCCUGGACACCCAGUAAAUAGCCAGGAACAUGAGAGUGUGCUUGACGAUUGCAGACGUUUGUGCGAUUUGAUUGAUGCUCAUUUUGCAGUUUUUUUAUUGACAGAUACAAGGGAAAGUCGUUGGCUCCCAACACUUCUCUGUGCCAAUGCUAACAUAGUUUUGAUUGAACCUUCUUGA